AUGCGUCAAGACCGAGCGAAAAGAUUUACGUGCGUAAUUAACCUCGAUAAUCACGAUAACAAAGAGAUAAAGCGAGCCGUUCUCCCAAAGACAGAGGCGGAAUAUGAGAAGACCCUUGAGAUAUUUGACCAGUUUCUAGAGUUGUACCCUACCGCCCGAUCUCACCCUGACAUCCAAACCUACAAAGCCUUCCUUGAGUUCGUGACCAGGAACACGGAUGGGCGAAUCGAGGAGAAACCUGCACCUGACACCAUUGAAAGUUUCCGACGGCACUUUGAGGCAGGCUUGGCCCGGAACCGGGACUUCCAUGUCCCCCAAAACAUGUCUACAACAAUGAAGGAGUGCCGCCGUGUCAAGAACCAAAAGGACAAGCUGUAUCUAGAGGAACUAAAACGACAACGUUACCUCCAGCAGAAUUCUCAAGCGGGAAGUGUUUAUGAAUACACUCUUUUCCUCUUUUACCGACGUAUAAUGCCGGAGCGUGAACUUCUCGCUCGGAUUUUGCCUACAAGGUCAUCCAUACGAAGCCCAACCGGACGAAAAGCUAUACUGGCACUAGAAGCAAUUUGCAGAGAGCAUCACCAAGUGGCCUUUCGUUCAAGCCUGCAGCCAGUCGAUAGAGGUUGUAUAUGUGUUAAAUCGUUAGACAGGCUCUAUCUCUACCGUCAAUGGCUUCAUCUGUAUCUUUGCAUGUCAAAAGCAUUACGCCUAAUGGGUGAUGAUGGUUUUGCGGAGUUUUGCUUCGAGUGCGGCGAGUGGUUCAAUAAUCAGCAAGACUGGCAUGAGCAUUGCGAGACUCAUCUCUGCAACCCGGGUAAUUUGCUUCGAUGUGAUCCCAUACUUGUGGCCUACCAAACGGAUGGAACAAUACUUGAAUAUGGGCAAGUGGUAGAGCCACGUUCAGUCUUACCUGAGCUGCAAAGCUCUACUCGGCGACUUUCAUUGUCGUCAUCCGGCAUGUACCCAAGCGUGUGGGUCGUACUUCAGCCGCUCCAGGGAGACUUCUGGGAUGGCGCCCUUGGAUUUCCGAACCCGACUGAGCUGGCGGGAUGGGAAGCACUCAGACUGUGGCCUGGGGGCACUAUCGACGUUGCUAUAUCAUUGGCGCGACCCAUCCGGCUCGACAAUGCUGACAGUAUUGAGGAGCAGAAGCAUUAUGUGCAGUGCAACCCACAGAUCUGCCAGGACCUGGUUGGGGCUGCAACUGCACUGCUAACCUCAAGUUUCUAUUUUCAAUUGGAUCGCCCUGUAUUAUAUAACUUAGGAGUCUACUACUGCCAGGGUUCCAUCCACUGCCGUGGGGACUAUCGCCGGGUCGCAGAUGCACUCACGGAGCUCAACUCCUCGCAAAUAGAGUUCCUAACGCAAACGGAGGUCCUUACGAAAUGUGAACUGGGUCAGGAUAUUUGUUCCGUAUGCCAUCGCUACCGAAAACAUGUGUCAUUUUCCGUGCGACACCCAACAGACCUUAUCACGAUCUCUAUUCGUAUAGGCAAUAAAGUCACUCGGAAAAUCAGCGGAUUCCCCCAAAGCAUAUCCUGGUUCCAGCAGCAACAAGGAUUUGAUGACCAUUUUGGCUCUUCCUGUCAUGAUAUUCCAGGGGAAAUUCGCUGCAUGAGUUGUGCUCAGCCCAAUGACUUUGGUGCACAGAAACGAAAAGUAGCCCACCCCCUAUUCAGUUCUCGUGCCAACCGGAUGUUUCGCCAAGAAGAUGUGGCACACGACAAGCUAACGACCUGGGAGGUCGAAUAUCUCGACGUGCUGAAGGACAUCCCCGAAACUCUCCGUAAAGAUCUGAGGUCCUCUAAUUAUCGGCCGUCGCAUAAGAAACGAGAUCGGAAAACACACAAUACACGCUCUCGUGGUCGCUGUCAACCAGACGAAUCCACACCAAAGCACUCAUCGCCCGAAGGCAGCGGCAGCGACCAAGAAUCGCAAUUACCAUCCGCCGCAGCAGCGUCGCGUAGCCGAUUGAGCUGCAGCAGAGGUAACAACCGUCAAUCAACUAAGGGAAGCGAAAGGACACGAGCCGGCCGGGAUAAAAAACAGACUUCUCGAAAAGACAGGCAUUCUACACGACCAUACUGCACCAUUGCCUGCAUCCGCGGCAUGGUCAACCGAGAACCUCUGGGUCACAAAUGCCCCAACUGGAAACUCCACGGUAGUCAUAGACACUCCAUGGGACCGCAGGAUUUCACACGCCAGCUUCAUCGUCAACUUACCCGAGAUCGAAACCAUGGGUUUGAUCAGCUGCACGUCUGUGGUCGGACAGGCUACCUCAUGAAAGCCACGCUUCUUUCACACGGAUACACUGUGGUCAUUAAAGCUACGACUGUGGAGAAACAGCAUCGCCUUCAAGCGGAAGUGGACAAUUAUCACCACCUCCGGAGCUUGCAGGGACAGCACAUCCCUAUGAUGAUCCUGGGCUGGUCUGGAACGCGGCUUCAGCGUGUCAUCAAUGACGGGAAUUUCAACUUCUUUCACCAAGAGCGCGACAAAGCUCUGGCCAUGCUCCGAUCGUAUGGAGUUGUCCAUAGCGACAGUGAAUGGCGCAAUAUGUUGUGGGACGACCUGGGGGGCCGUUUGGUCGUCAUUGACUUGGAGGAGGUGAAAUGGUUGAAUGUCAACCGAGGAAUUGCGGAAAAUGUGAUCUGUAAUGCAGAUGAAGUGUUGGCGUUGACUGCAGCCUGGGUUUGUGUUGGUUUGAUGGCUGGUUCUGCAGAGGGCUGGCAUUAUUAUAUGCAAGUCGUUGGCAACACACUUCAUGAAGUUGAUCCGAACAUGAUUCCCAAAUUCUGUUAUCUGGUGGUGUACCUCCUUGUGGCCCUCGUCGCGGCCGGCCCUGUGGGUAAACAAGGAGGCACGCAAGGCCAAGCAGCUCAGUCCAAGCCAAAGCCAAGCAAGUACAAGGAUGAUCCGUCCUUCGAUAGCCUGGGUAAACUGGGCGUCAAGGAGAUGGAAUUCACCAGCAUCGGCAAAUCUCGGUUUAAUGGCUAUGCUUCCCACCUUAAACUGAAAUCCUCCUCCGUGUCCGAAGCCGAUAUUGCAGGCCUCGCCGAAGCUGCUUGGUGGGAGAUGUUCAGCCAGGCUCGCACCGAUAAGGCUAAGUUGAAUAAGCUCCCAACUGUCAUGACUGCCCUUAAGGUCGGGGAUGAGGUCUUUCUCGCAUCCAGCCUCAAGGGUGGAGGCUACAUCUAUGACAAGAGCGGCCUCAGUAAAUUGGUUGCCAAUCCGGGCGAACAGAGGGACAAGAAGGAGGAAUUUACCAGUGUUCUGAAGGAUAGUGCCAAGGACGUCAUGGACGCCCUGAUCAGCUGCAGGGAAGGAAGUAUUGCGACAACUGAACCUGAACAGACGAGUGCGCCAGAGAAACGGGGUCCGACAGGCAAGGGACCACGCAAGGGCGGAAGCACCAGCUCAGAUAAGGACAAGAAAACGGGUACUGGUCCGAACAAUGGCCAGGGACAGCGCAACUACCAGGGUGGAAGCACCAACCCGAACAAGAGCCAGGGACAGUCAAGCAACGGCCAGGGACAGUCGAAUAACCAGGGUGGAAGCAGUACGACCGGGUCGAACAACCCAAUCAGUGAGGACCUCGUCAAACACAAGAACGAGGGCGCCUGUGGAGAAAUCAUGGCAUCCCUCGAAUAUUCCCUGCUCAACCCCACGAAGCCGUUGAAGAACUUGCCGGAGCAACCCACCGUGGUGGCAUGGGCAGAGGUACUGGAAAAGGUGCCCAAGAAUCCCAACGACAGGAAGAGCCCGAAGAUGAUCACAGGGGAGGUUCUGAAAACUGGUGGCAUCAAGCCUCCUUGUGACAAUACGAUCUGGAACCCAAAGGAUCUGAGCCAGCAUGGUAAGAGUCUGACGGACGAGGACGGGUGUGGCGAGGGCUGGGGUUGCGCGGCGUUUGUUGGGCCCAAAGGCUUGAACUUCAAAGUCGUCGAUAAAAAGCCGACCUAUCUCAAGAAGGAUCAGAUCGAGGUGCUGAAGGAUGUUCCGAAAUUCCCCGUCCCCAAGUAA